AUGGAGCUAAGCUUGUACGGUUCGCAGAUCAGCCUAGCAACGCGCGAAAAGCCGAACAACACAAACCAAAGGGAGCGCCCCGGAUCGGCACUGCAGCACACCCGACCGUACUCGGGGCCCGGACCCCACAUCCGGCGUCCGCUUUCGGCCGACAGCACACAGUACCCGCACCGGAAGCGCCCGUCGUCCUGCGGCAGCGGCAGCACCGGUGGCCGACUGACCUCCCCGUUCCACCAGCUGCAGCACUCGAAGCGGAGCACCUCUUCGUCGAGUUUGUUGUUGAAACAUUUGCUCACCGAACCGACCACACGCUACUGGGAGUCGAAGGCGUCCCCGAAGUUGGCGGGCCACCCGGGUGCGGAACGUGUUGGCCAACUCCGUCGCCAGCAAACACAACCGUCACUCAAUUCCGUUCGUUCGGCGGCGGCCAAAAGCAUACCCCGGAAACGAUCCGGGAACGGAAGCAAAGGGCGGCCCCAGAAGCCCAAACCGGGCGAUAGGAGUCGGCGGGCUAGACGUAGAAACAGUUCCGAGGAGGAGGAAGAGGAGGAGGAGGAGGAACGGGAAAGCAGUAUGGACGAGAUGGAGGAUACGCAGGAGUCGAACAACGAGGCCGAACUGGAGGGCAUCUGGCGUGGUAAGCCGGGCGGGCGGGCGAGCGAUAAGAAACGGUCACCACCGUUGCCGAUGGUGGCGCUACCGUUGCACCGGAAGCAAGGGUUGGGCACGGGCGCGAAGAAGAACAACAACGUGUCGCCGGAGACGAAGGCCCGGAAGUUGGAUCUACCCGGAAGGGUUAGCUUCAGUUCGAACGAUCCGUACGAGAUCGAUUACAGUGAUUUCGAGGAGAACGAAUUCGGCAGUCUGCGGGCGAGUCAGCCGAAGCCACCACGGAAAGGGACGGUGAAAGGGUCCAGUUUGAAGGCAAGCGACCGGAAACCGGCACCCUUCGGCGACGGAAGCUACACGGACGAGCAACUGCUGGAGGAAGUGACCGUCCGGUUUGGGGGCGUUAAGUUUGAGGACGACAACACGACCAGUACGUCGGGUUACGACACAAAGUGUGACGAUGGUAAAGGAGCGCUGGCGAAGCGUGGUCCUAGCUCACCGACCUCCCAAGCCACUGUCUGUGGUGUGAGCGAAUCGAACCGAAUCAUCGAAGACUACAAGAAGGAAAUCGAGGACCUUAACCGACGGCACGAUAUGGAGCUACGGUUGGCGGUACACCGGACGCCGGGCGACGUCGCCGGAAUGACGAGUUCGGCGAAACCGUACGAUCCGAAGUGUUUCACACCCUCGGAGACGCCCGAAGAUCUGUUCAUCAACUCCACGUCUUCCACCAAGGCCGCCGAGAGCACGGCCGAAGACACGGACGUGGAGCUGGACCGGUCCUGUGACCGGCGACAAUCGAGGCUGCUGGAGAAGAACGUCAUCAACGAGUACUACGAGUGUAUCAAUGAGAUCAUCACCGAACAGUCGCCUUCGCGGCGCCCCCAAAGGACGCAGCCGCACGAACCCGACCCGACGCCACCGGACGCCAAGGAGGUGGCCUCCAUUCAGCGCAACCUAAACAACGAGUCCUGCGCCAAGACUGGCCCCAAGGACAAACAGUUCGUGGCCUCGUCAUCCUCCUCCGGUGGGUCACCGGCUAGCAAGGGAAAGUCGGGCGGUGGCGACAAAAACCGGCUGGACUCCAGUGCGAACCCCGUGAUCAAGAAUUAUUUCAAGGUGAAGGAACAAAACAUUGUGUCCGACAGCAGGAGCAGCAUGGCGAGUGGCAGCGCCGGCAGCAGCAGCAAGUCCAUCGGGCAGCCCAAGAAUGUACUGCUGUCGAAAAGGAAUGCGAAAGAGAAGCCCAAAUCCGCCGACACCCACAAGUCCAUUCUGCGUAACGCCAAGAAGCAGAACAACAGUGUCAAUGGCGGCUCGCGGAAGUACUCCGUCGGUCUGUGUCGGGAGGAUAGCAACAUCUCCGAGUUUCACAUGGACAAAGUUGUCAGCUGGAUGUCCUGCAACGAGGACACGUUUCCGGUGAACAGUGAGGUGGCGGCCACCCUGGACGAGGGCCGCGACGAGCUUCCGCGUAAGAGUGCCACGAGGAUCAGCAGUUCCCCGGUGACAGACACCACCGCCGAUACGUCCGAACGUCCACCACCGGCGUACAGUGCCACGUUUGCGGAUGCCAGCCGAGAUCCGGAGCGACACGAGCAGGCCACGAACAGCAGUGUGCAGUCGAACUUUGACGAGGAUUCGGUGGUCAGCAGUAGUGCCAAACAAAAGUCUGAUUUUCAAGCACUCAAAAACGAAGUCGAGUAUCGGCUGAGUAACAUUCUGGACUGCACCGACUCGCAGGCCAGCUCGGGCUGUGAAGGGGAUCCAGCGGGCCAGCAGAAGGGCAAAGCGAAGGAUCUGUUCUCGUACCUUGAUCAGGUGGAGCGAAAGUGCGGAAAGUCCGUCUACAAGGGCACCGCAGGCAGCAGUGUCCUUCCCUCGGAUUCGGAGCGUUCGGAGAUGGAGUUUGCUGCCGAGCCGGACUACAUCGAGGCGGUGCCCAAAAUGACCGACCUUCUGGAGCUUCCACCGCAUCAGCUUGCCCGCCGGGUGAUCAAACUGUCGCUCCGUGCCAACGAGCUGAGCAACGCGAUGCAACUGUCCAAGGACCACAUCGCCAGCGUGAAGGCGGACAAGGUGAAGGCAAUACGGACGGAAAAGUGUGCCCUUCAGGGGAAACUGAAGGAGCAGAAGAAACACUACGAGGACAUUAUUGGCCGGCACCAGGAGUUCAUUGAUCAGCUGAUCAAGGAUAAGUCCGGACUGUGCGAGAAGGUGACGCAGUUGACGCGGCGGCUCGAUUCCCAGAACCAAAGCUGGGAGCACCGGCUGAAGACGGAACUGGAGCGGGCACGGGACACCGCGCUGGCGGCGGAGAAGAUCCGGCGCGAGAAGUGGGUCCGGGAGAACACGAAGAAAAUCAAGGAGCUCACCGUGAAGGGGCUGGAGCUGGAGAUCAACAAAAUGACUGCCACGCACCAGAAGGAGAUCGCCGAGCUGAAGCGCCAGAGCAAGGACGAGCUGGUGUGUGCGCUCGGCGAGCUGAAGCUUCAGUACGAACAGAAGGAGGCGGACGUGCGGGCCGGGUUGGGGAAGGAACGCGAAACGAGCCUCGAGCGGGAACGGCAGGCCCUGCUCGAACGCUUCGACCGGCAGGUCACGGAAGAGCGGACCAUUUUCGAGCAGCAACGGCAGCACCUGCUCAGCGAGUUCGACCUCGAGAAGGAGCGGCUCCAGAAGGAGGCCGCCCGGAAGGCCCAGUACGCCGAGGCUCAGCUGGAGGAGCUGAAGCGCGAGAAUAGCAAAAACCUGGACUUUGCCCAGAAAGAGUACGUGCAGAUGCUGAAGCAGCGCGAAACGAAGCACCAGGACGAGCUGACCAAGCUGCAGAAGCACUUCGAGUCGGACUUUGCCAUCUGGAAGCGGGAGCACGAGCGAAAGUCGAAGGCGGAGCUGGAGGAGCGCGAAAACGCUAUCCGGGGCCAGUGUCGGGACGAGCGCAACCAGCAGAUCGAUCUGAUCGUGGCGAAAGUGACGGCGGAAACCCAAAAACAGGAGCAGGAGUUUGACACAAGAAUGAGCCGUUUGAAGGAGAAACACGAAGCGGAACAGAAGCAGGCGGAAGCUGCGGAAGCGUUGCUGAAGCAAAAGUAUCAGGACUCGCGGGUGAAGCUAGCGGAGGCGGAAGCGACGAUUCAGAACGCGAAGGCAUCGGCCAAGCAAACCGAUCUCCAGCUGAGCCACGCCAAGAAGCUGUGCGACGAUCUGCUGCGUGAGAAGGAAACGAUGCGCGAGGAAGCGCGCCGUGAGGUGCAGAAGGACAUGAGCAACAUGCAGCGCGACAGGGAGCGCGAAAUCGAACGAAUUUACUGCAGGGUUCAGCAAGCGAUCGACAAGAAGGAUGCCACCAUAUCGGCGCUCCAGAAGGAGAUCGCAGGGCUGAAGGAGCGAUGCCUGAAACAGGACGCCAUCAUUCGGCAGCAGCGCAUAGACUAUUGCAUUAAGUAG